AUGCGACAACGGCUUCUGCAGCCCCAAAACGAGAACCGCCGACUAGAGAGUAUUUUUGGCUACUCGUCCAGUUCUCAAAAUUUCAAGGGGUUCGCUUCUCAACGAGCGCGUGGAGAAAGGCCCUUCUUCAGUCAAGCAGAAUGUGUGCCGGUUGGGCCUGGGCCUCUGUCGCCCUUCACCUCCCGGGAGACUAGAGAGGAUAUGCUGAGGAAAACAGAUCACAACUGGGUCCUUAAAGCUAAAGGAAAGGAUCCGACGAACUUGCCCUCGCUCAAGUCGAUAGAGACGACCGUCGGCUGCUCAGGCGCAGACGACUUUGCAGCCGCUGGGGCCCACCAGGCCGGCGGCACCACGACCGCGGGCCCCCUCUCGGGCGAGAUGUGCUCCGUGCAUCCCGAGAGUGGUGUCAGCCCUUCUGCCGCGAUGCUUUCAAAGAGCCACAGGCUUCCGGCAACCCACCGCGCCGGCAGCAAUAUCAGCUUUGUCGUUGCAGAACAACAGGUGUCGCCGUCGCCACGACCCCGCGGACAUUCCAAUGCUAUGCCGUAUACCUGGACCGCGGGUGCUCCCUGCCAGCUGGUGUUUCAGAAGCCUGCGCAGGACCGGGCUUGCGAACUAGUGCCGGGCGAGGGCAUCGGAACUCCCGAGCGUCGCAACGGCGCACUGGACGGGGAGAGGUUGAGUGGAGAGCACAUGGGUGGCGGGCGCGCACAGAAAGAGGGAAGAUGGGAAGCUCUCAGUGCCUCGUUGGCUGCAGGAACCCAGGCGGCGACAGCUGUGCCGAGGGAUGCGUCGGCGAUGGGCAUGCCUGAGCGUCAUUUGGCUGUUGCUUCUGAGCAGUCGACAGGGCCAUGGCUGCACGAGAACGAGACGUCGAGCUCUCCGCCGCCUGUUUAUCCUUCAGCAGGGGUAUGGCAGAAGCCUUGUGAACCAGGGGCCGUCUCAUUCCCACCUCAUGUCUGUGCGGAUGGCGCAUAUACUCCUUCCCCUGUACGAAUUUCCGCGCCGCUCGGCGGCAUGUACGUAACCUCUGCUGGAGACCGUGGCGCCCUGCCGGCCCGCGAGAACGUCGUCCCGCCAGGGCAACCCCACGGAGAGGCGGAGACCGCCCGCUGUGCGGCCGCGGAAAAGCCUCAAGAAAAGCUUCCACACGAGGGAGGGAUCCAGAAAGAGCGCGGGAAUCUGUACCGCUCCUUCUCUCCGCCGCUUCCAAGGAUUCUCGUGGAAGGGGCAAGCGCUGCCUCCAGCCACGCAGAGCCUGCCUCAAACAGCGCCCAAGGCCCUGCCCCGUGUUUUUUCCAACCUGAGCGUGCCUCGGAGACUGUGGGGCAAGGGACACCAACCGCCGCAGGGGACAGUCCGGAGUCAUUCCACAUGCCUGAAGAUCAUCCCGACGCAAGCGAUCCGGGAGCGCCGCGGCCGCUGACGGAAGAAAGAGAAAGCAUGGUGGACUUGUCCGACGCGCGGUGGAGGGAUCUGAAGCGGCAAGGAUAUUUUCGACUCGGCGACAAAGGCCGAACGUCAAUCAAAUCGCGCAUCGCCAGGGAACUUCGAGCGAAUCCCGAACUUCGGGCGCAGGCGGCGGCGGUCUCGGGGGUCCGGUCGGCAACUACGAAACAGCUCUACCAGCUGGCAGAGCUCUGCGGCUUCUACGACGUGCUCCCUCCUCAGUUCCAACCCACAUCUCGGCCGCAGUCGUCAUCGACGCUUGGUUCACCGGUUUCGCCUCCUGAGUCGCGAGAACGGCAACUGCAACAGGCUGCCCUGCCGCCUGCGGCAGAUGUGCCUCCCCCGCCAGCGUCUUCGCACGUCCAGGAGGAGGCGGUCGCCUCGUGCCUGCCCCAGGGUGCGAUGCUUCAUUCCGUCAAACACGAGCGGGCCCAGGGUGGCGCGGAGCUGCCUGUCAAGCAGGCCGCCGGCCAGACUCGGGCGCAAGGCGCUGCAUCACUUUGGCAAGCCUACGGGGCGCCCCCCGCGCAGAUGCCGCACGCUUACUACGCUGGCGAGGGCCGCCAAGGGCUGGAGCAGACCAGCUGCGAAGGAGGAAGAUCCGAGCUCAGUCCGUGCGACGCAACAGCGAUGCAGGAAGGCUCAUGCUUCCCUCCUGAGGUGCCCCCGACAGGAGUCACCUCCAGCUUCCCCGCGCAGGGAGGAGAAGGGCAACAGUACCGCGGGGGUCCCUCGCCCGGUGAGUCGGCAUCCGUCGGUCUGCAAAAUAAGAGAAGCAAGGAAGCCAGCCGGGAGAGGGCGAGCGCCAGCAGCAACUACAGUGCCAGCUUGCCUAUUAGUGGCCUUGGCCAGGAUGGGGCGGGUCCGAACGGGGUGGAGUGCGCUGCAUUCGAGGUGGAAGGGGGCUGCCUGCAGCAAGAAGCGGGCAAACAAACCCAGGGCCGUCCAACCUUGUUAUGGCCCGCGCAAUGCCAUUCGCUUUAUGCCGCUGUAUCCAUGCCGGGAAACGGCGUCGCAGGAUCAGCUUCGGCCUUGGCGCUUGCAUCUGCCGGAAACGAGGAAACGCCGAGGUCCCUGGAGUCCGCGUUGUCCGCGCGAACGGGAACCGUGUGCCUCUCUCCUUCGUCCGAAACUAGUCUCUGCAGCACGACGUGCGCCAGCAGUUGCCUCAGCCGCACCACGAGUCGCAGCAGUUCCUGUCGUCGCGCUGCGCACGCGCGGUAG